GUUGGAAUCCACGUUCCACGUCCUUACGCAUCUGGUGCUGGAUUUUGCCUGCAUGUCAUGAAAUUUCUUAUUCAAUGUACAAUCUUUCGCUAAUUUAGGCGGAGUUCGUUCACAAGUUUCAAUCCUGAACAUCUCUCCUUAGUGUUUUAUUAGAUCAUUCAAAAUGGGACGGUGGCUUUGGAUAGCGUUAGCUGUCCUUUUUAGUUGCAUUUUACAUGCCCAUUCGAUUGCUGUGAUGAGCGUAGACAUUGGAGGAGAAUGGAUCAAAGUUGGAAUUGUUUCGCCCGGCAUCCCUAUGGAAAUUGUUCUGAACAAGGAGUCCAAAAGAAAAACACCAGCAGCGAUUGCAUUUCGAAACGGCGAGCGCCUCUUCGGUGAGGACGCUCUUAAUUUGGGGGUCAGGUUCCCCCAAAACACUUACAGCUACAUUCUGCCUUUACUGGGUCAAAAGGUCAACAGCUCAGUUGUGCAGAGAUUCAAGACGCAAUUUCCCUAUUACAAGAUUGAAGAGGACCCAGAGAGGGGAACUGUUGUCUUUAGGCAUGACGAUGAAACUCGAUUUACUCCGGAAGAACUGAUUGCUAUGAUGCUUCAACAGUGCAAGAGAGAUGCUGAAGCUGCUGUCGACCAAGCAGUAACUGAGGUAGUGUUGACUGUGCCGGCUUACUUCGGACAAACUUCGAGGAGAGCUUAUCUUUCUGCGGCUCAACUGGCUGGUCUUAAGCCUCUUCAACUCAUUAACGAUUACAUGGCUGUGGCUAUCAACUAUGGAAUAUUCAGAAGAAAAGACUUCAAUGAGAGCGCACAGAAUGUGAUAUUCUACGACAUGGGUGCCACAAGUACAGUGGCUUCUGUGAUCAGUUAUUCGAUUGGAAAAGGCAGGGACGCUGAUCCUCAAGCUACUGUUCUUGGUGUUAGUGUUGACCGGACUCUUGGAGGUUUGGAGAUGCAACUCCGGCUGAGAGACUACCUUGGCAAAAAGUUUAACGAAAUGAAGAAGACUCCAAAUGACGUUUUCAAGAAUCCCAGGGCACUGGCCAAGCUUUUCAAAGAGGCUGGCAGGGUUAAAAACGUUCUUAGUGCUAACAACGAUCAUUAUGCUCAAGUGGAAGGUCUUCUUGACGAACAAGAUUUUAAAUUGCAAGUCACAAGAGAGCAAUUCGAAGAGCUUUGCACUGACCUCUUUGCGAGAUCUGGUACUCCUAUCACUGCCGCCCUCGAAAUAGCUGGACUUACAAUGGAAAGUAUCAGCCAGGUGGUGUUAGUUGGUGCAGGUACUAGAGUUCCCAAGGUACAGGAUGCACUGACUAAAGCCACGGGUGUUACCCUGAGCAAAAAUAUAAACGCUGAUGAAGCAGCUGCCAUGGGUGCUGUUUACAAGGCUGCUGACCUCAGUUCAGGAUUCAAAGUCAAGAGAUUUGUGACCAAAGAUGCCGUGAUUUACCCUAUUCAGGUUGUAUUUGAGAGGAAAGUUGAUACAGAGGGUACCCCAGAAAAUCCUGUCUACAAAACAGUCAAGAGAACACUCUUUGGCCGAAUGAAUCCGUACCCUCAGAAGAAGGUCUUGACCUUCAACAAGAACUCUGAAGAUUUUUCCUUUAACGUGAACUACGCUGAACUGGAUUACCUCAAGAAAGAGGACAUUGAUGCAUUGGGUUCUCUCAGUCUGAGUCAAGUAGCAUUGAGUGGAAUUGUUGCUGCUCUAGAGAAGAACAAUGGCCCCAAUGUGGAGGCCAAGGGAGUCAAAGCUCAUUUCAACAUGGACGAGAGUGGAAUUUUGCAGCUAGUGAGUGCGGAGCUGAGCUUUGAGAAGACCAUUACUGCUGAGGAGGAAAAAGCUCAAAAAGAAGAGGAUGAUGUUGAUUCCACUCUGUCGAAACUUGGAAACACCAUCAGCAAACUGUUCUCAAGUGAUGAGCAAAAAGCAGACUCGGCCUCAGAAGAGAAGGUGGAGGAAGCCGAUCCAAGUACGACCACUACUCCAGCACCCUCUUCUAAAAGUGAGAAAAACGAAACUGCGCCUUCAGAAGCACCUAAGCCAAAAGUCACCAUCAUAAAGGAAACUUUGAAGAUCAACGAAGAAAAGCUCGAUCUGGUUGAUCUUGAUGGUAACCAGUUUGCCAGUUCAAAAUCAAAACUAACCGCAUUGGAUGAAAUUGACGAGAAGAGAAAGCGUCAUGAGGGAGCUCUCAAUGCUCUCGAGAGUUUCAUCUUGGACUCGAGGAUGCGUCUUGAGACCGAGGAGUUUAUUGCAGCUGGCAGUGAAUCAGAACGGGAAGCACUGAGCUCUGCUUUGAGCAAGGCAGCUGACUGGCUCGAAGAAGAAGGUUUCACUGCGGAAACUGAAGAUUUGGAAAAGCAGUUGAAGACAUUGCAUGAUAGUGCAAAAGCAAUGUUGAGGAGAGUCGAUGAGCACCGCAACCGACCGGAAGCGUUGGCUGCCCUAGAAAAGACUAUCGAAGGCAGUCAGAAAUUCCUUGCUAUGGCAGAAAACCAAACCAAAAAUGCUCCAGAAGAAGAACGCAUUUUUACAGAAAUCGAAGUUACUACCCUCAAGAAGGCAAUCAAAGACACUGAGGAAUGGAAAACCAAGAAAGUGGAAGAGCAGGCUGCACUUCCUUUAUCUGAAAAUCCAAAGCUCACUGUGAGAGCCAUUGUCGAGAAGAUGACUUCCCUUGAUAGAGAGGUGAAGUAUCUGGUGAACAAAGCCAAAAACUGGAGACCCCCUAAGAAACCUAAGGAUGACAAAAAAGGUGAAAAGAAUGCAACUGAGUCUGCAGAAUCUGAGAAAGUUUUGGAUGAUGGUGUGAAAGUCGAAGUCAACGACACAAAGCCUGCUGAAGAUACAAAAGAGAAAGAGGAACCCAAAGAGACUGAACCUGUUCUUGAAUUGGACGGAGCGGUUUCAGACGAGCCUACACUCCAGGAAUCGGAAAGCAAGGAAGAAGAAAGCAAGCAGGAGAAAGGAGAACCGUCAUGGUUAACUUCCGCUCUCAUAGUCACUACAAUACACAUCCUUUUUCAAUUGGCCUCUGAUUACAUACUACCCUGACCCUUUUUGUAACAUAAUGUUCCUCUAGAUUCUCAAAAGACUCCCAAAGAGGAGUUGUAAACUCGACUGCCUGUGAAGCUGUGCUCGUCCUUAAGUCUCAAUGACGCACACGUCGACCCUCCAAAACACAAUUAUUAUAUACUUACUUACGCCCCCAUCCCCUAAUCAUGUUCGAUUAUCAUCUCAACCUGUGAAAGCGGCCCAUCGUUUUGUGACGGCCAUUCAAUUGCACAGUGCCUGCGUGCCCCGUUUGCAGACAAGAAAGUGUGUGUUAUUGUUGUUAUCUCUGGCAAAAAAAAAUGUGUGGGUGUGAUCGUAACCAUUGGGACUCUCAUUCCAUGAUAACAGUUGCAAAUUAAGGAGCAUUCCUUACAAUGUAUUUUCCCCCAGCAACCGAAUCAAUCCCUGUACUUGUUACACUGUUUUAUUUCAUAGAGGUGGGGCUAUAUGUUGGUUGAUAUGAGCUGGUAAAUGUGAAAGGAGUGUGUGGGAAGAAUGUUUACAAUAAAAUAUUUAUUUGACAUUCGUUAAAA